AUGAAAUAUACAGAUGAACCAGCAUCGUCAGGAGAUAGCGGCGACGAGAGUGGCAGCGAACCAGAGUCACCGAGAGAGAAACUGAUGCACGUCCACAAACAAGAUUGGAUGCAAAAUGAAAAUAGUGAUAAAGAACCUAUAAAACGAGAAGCGUACGGUGAACCGAUAGCUUCCACAUCAUCAUCAAACGCCCAAGAAGCCGAUAGCAGCAAACCUCCUCAAGGCUUGCCGAAACUCUUGCCUAAACCUGUCGAUCUCCCUGGAGGAGCUAUGCUAUACCAUUCAGGAGUUUUGGCAGGAGUCGGUCUAGAUGAAAUAAGAAAUAACCUUGGACUCAACAACCUCGCGAUGGGGUACCCUGCCAGUUUUAUUCUUGGACUGGCUAAUCAAGGACAUGAUAUCCCAUCAUCGUCAACGCAGCCUCAGUUCAUAACCAUCCCGCUUUCUGUAGCCAUGGCAGGCAUGGCGGCCGGCGCACCCGCAACUAAUGCCACUAACGGAUGUCCAAGUGCCAGCAGUGAUGAUAGCAGUGAACUACAAGACUUGAGCACUGGCAGAAAGUGA